AUGAGUUCUAUGAACUCCCGCUUCAAAGGCUUCGGGUUCGGAAAACGCAAGUCAACCGCCAGCAUACAGACCACAGACGGGGUCCCGCCCGCCAGUACCAAUACCCCUCCUCCUGGUCAAAUCCAAAUACCUCAACACCAAGUCCCUCUUCCAGGACAGACGCCGCCCAUCGGCGCCUCGUCGUCGACCUCCAGUCUCCCAAUGAAUCACCCAUCUGCUGGCAAUCGCCCGCCGAGCUACACGGCAAACUAUCCUCCUGGUGGUCCCCCAGGCGGUCCCGGUGAUCGAACCUCUCCUCACCAGGGCAGCAAUCGUACCCCGCCAAGCCAAAUGGUUGGAGGUCCUCCUCCCAUCAACACCGGCGCACCGGUCGGAUAUCCUCCUCCAAAUAUGGCUCCCAUGGGCCAAGGUCCCCCUCCCAUGGGCGGCCCUCCUCAGGGCGGUCCUGGCGGUCCUCCUCCAGGUUUUGGCGGUCAGCAAGGUUAUCCUCCUGGCCCCCCGCCCCCUCAAGGCGGUCCUAUUGCGCAACAGUUUCAGCGGCCCAACAACCCCGCUGCUGAGGUUGAGGGCGCCAGCAAGAGCAAAGCUCAGCUCAUUGUUGGUAUUGAUUUUGGUACCACAUUCUCCGGAGUCGCCUUCGCUUUUGCUACGAACAACGAAGCAAAAGAAGAUAUUAUUACGGAAUGGCCAGGUGCGGGGUCAUAUACCAAGCAAAAGAUUCCGACAGUUCUUUAUUACGAUCAGUAUCAGAAAGUUGUAGGAUGGGGUCCAGAUAUCGCUGAUGCAUUGGCGCCCACCGGCUAUCCCAAGCCAGGAGUUCAAAAGGUGGAGUGGUUCAAGUUGCAACUUAUGCUCAGCGGAAACACAUAUAUCGACCCUAUCAACCUUCCGCCUCUGCCACCUGGCAAGUCUGAGAUCGAUGUUGCUGCAGACUACCUGUUCAAGCUUCGGCAAGCAAUGCGAUCAGCCCUGCAGAAGACUCUGGGUGAAGUGUUCAACCGUGAGGAGCGCAACAUUCGAUAUUAUCUGACAGUCCCUGCUAUUUGGAACGAUGCUGGUAAAGCCGCUACUCGAGCUGCCGCUAUCCAGGCCGGUUUCCUCCGCGAUGAGAACGAUAACCGCCUGACCUUGGUUUCAGAACCUGAGGCUGCUGCCCUCUUCUGCUCCAAGACUGGUCUCCUGAACCUCAAGGUCCAUGAUGCCGUCCUCAUUGUGGAUUGCGGUGGUGGUACUGUUGAUUUGAUCGCAUACGAAGUCGAAGAGGAGAAUCCAUUCACUGUUGCCGAAUGUACCGCCGGAUCUGGAGACUCUUGCGGUUCUACUGCUUUGAAUCGCAAUUUUAGCAACAUUCUCCGAACCAAGAUCAGAAAGAUGAAGCUGCCAGACGGCUCCAAGACGGCCGGCCGAGUCUACGCCAAGUGCAUCAUGGACUUUGAGAACAGAAUCAAGGCUGAUUUCAGAAACAAUGGACAGAAGUGGGCCGUCGACGUCGGUAUCGAAGCCGAAUUCCCUGAGGCCGGCAUCGAAGAAGGUUACAUGACCUUUACCAACGAGGAAAUUCUGCAAUGCUUCGAACCUGUCGUCAACCGCAUUCUCGAGUUGGUCCGAAACCAGAUUAUUGCAAUUCAAGCGCAAAACCGAACGCUGCAGAACAUUUUGGUUGUUGGUGGUUUCGGUGCAUCCGAGUACCUCUUCCAGCAGAUUAAGCUGCACGUUCCCCCACAGUUCCAGUCCAAGGUCGUUCGACCCAUGGACUCGGUGGCGGCCAUUGUCAAGGGUGCUGUAACUGCUGGUAUUACGGAGCGAAUCAUUACACACCGUGUUGCUCGUCGCCACUACCUCAUGGCCACUCUCCAGCCAUUCAAAGAAGGUUAUCAUCCCGAGGCAUACCGUGUUCCCUCGUUGGACGGAAAGGAUCGAUGCAAAUUUACCCGCCAAAUCUUUGUGCAGAAGGGCCAAAAGGUCAAGAACGGCGAACCAGUCAAGGUUUCAUUCUUCCGACAGGUUGCUCCCGGCGCAACUCUUAUGUACGAAGAUGUGUUGUACGCCUGUGAUGAUGAUGUGUGCCCCGAAUACACCAAGGAUCCUCGAAUCAAGGAGGUAGUCACUCUCACAUCUGAUCUCUCGCGCAAGAACCUCGAAAAGGACUUUGAGCGCAUGGACACUCCCCAAGGCACUUUUUACCGUGUUUACUUUGAUAUCUACUUGACCCUAGACGGUUCAGAAUUCAGCGCCGAAUUGGUGUGCCAAGGUGAAGUCAUGGGCAGAUGCAGAGCUCGCUUUAGAUAA